AUGCCGUUCCCUGAUCCAUCUCAGCUUUCGAUUGACACGCUCCCUGAGCAGCUCUCGCUCCCGAGAUGGUCGCGGGGAGUUGGGCGGUCAUCGCUGGAUGUAACGAUCCGUCCUCCCGGAUCCAAGAGUUUAACGAAUCGGGCGCUGUUGCUCGCGGCGAUCGGUCCGGGGGAAUCGACGAUCAAUCACCCGCUCAUCGAAGCGGACGAUGCGCACCGGAUGCUCGCGGCGAUCCAGCAACUGGGCGCCAGAGUCGAGCACGAUGAGCACUCGGUCCGCAUCACUGGGACCAACGGAAAGCUGCUGGUUGAUCCCAGCAACAGCACGAUCAAUCUCAACAACGCGGGCACGGCGACGCGGUUCCUCUCGGCAGCGGCGCUGCUCGCGGAUGGGCCGAUGACGAUCACUGGGAACGAGCGGAUGCAGCAGCGCCCGAUCCGAGAGCUCGGGGAUCUGCUCACCACGCUGGGCGCGACAGUCGAGUAUCUCAAGGACAACAGCUGUCCUCCGAUCCGGAUCACGCCUCCGAAUGACCUGUCGUCGAUCCCGACGACGGUGGUGAUCCAGCCAACCCAAUCGAGUCAGUUUGUCUCGGCGCUGAUGCUCAUCGCGCCGAUGCUCCCUAAUGGACUGACGAUCACGCAACCCAACGGGAUCACCUCCGAGAGCUACGUGCGGAUGACGCUCGAGCUGCUCGAUCAUCUCGGUGUGCAGACGCAGCAUUCAGGUGACCUAUCAGUGAUUCGGAUCCAGCAAGGGAUGGAUCGCUUUGUCCUAGAUAUUGAGCCUGAUGCAUCGGGCGCGACCUAUUGGUGGGCGGCGGGCGUGCUGCUCCCUGAUUCACUCGUCCGCGUGCAGGGGAUCGAUCAGCGCCAGAGUCAGCAGGGUGAUGCACAAUUCCCGGAGCUGCUUGAGCAGAUGGGAUGCACGAUCGUGACUGGUGAGGACACGAUCGCGUGCCGAGGGACGAGCUCGCUGCGUCCCAUCAUGUGUGAUAUGCGGGAUAUGCCGGACGCGGUGAUGUCGCUCGCGUCCAUCGCGUGCUUCACAAAGGGAACAACGAUCAUCCGAGGCGUCAAAACGCUCCGCGUCAAAGAGUGCGAUCGGAUCGAAGCGAUGAAGACCGAACUCGGGAAGCUCGGGGUGACCAUCGCGGACAACCUCAACGGCGACGAGGACACGCUCUCGAUCACGCCUCCUUCAGAUUUCCGAUCCCCAGAAUCUCCGGUCUACAUGGACACCUACGACGAUCACCGGAUGGCUAUGUCAUUGUCACUGCUUGCGUUGCGCCUCGACAACAUCGUCAUCAACGAUCCCAAGUGCGUCGCGAAGACGUAUCCGGGGUUCUAUCACGAUCUUCGCCGCGUCUACGAUCCUGCUGAAGUCGUUUGA